AAAACACAUCCACGUCGAGGACAAAGUGGUUCAGAACACUGUGCAAAACAUUAAGCAAAGAAAAGAGAACACCGCGAACAGAACAAGAAACUUACAAAGAGAAAAGAGAAAAUGUCGUUCUAAACCUUCUGUUGCUUGUUGCCGGUUACCACCCAAAACCAUUCAUCAGAAAUCUGUCGUAUUCUCUCUCUGUCUCUGUCUCUGUAUCAAUAUCUGCAACACAAAUUCUCCCGUAAUAUGUGCACGACAAGAAGGGAAUGGUCGUUCAGUUCAGGGACAAUGGAGGUCAAUACUGGAAGUUUCUGUUGUAACGGGAAGCAACCUUUGGAGCAUUCUUUGCCUUCUGAUAAAGAAAAACAGCCCACAGAAAAAGAUUUGAGCACUUCCGUUUUUGUCAAUCAUGCUGCAAUUGCUUGGCAAGAGAGCAGAAGAAAGUGGGUGGGGGAUCAAUCUCGGCGACCAAAAAGAAAGGGAAAGGAUCCAAUUAUAAGCUGGUCCAUUGCAUAUGAAGAUCUGCUCUUGACUAAUGAGCCUUUCUCUGAGCCAAUUCCUUUACCUGAGAUGGUGGAUUUCUUAGUUGAUAUUUGGCAUGACGAAGGCCUUUUCGAUUAGAUAGCUAAUGAUAAUCUUUCAGUGGUAGGAUGGAGGCUGAUGAGUGAUGCUGGAUAGUAAAGUUGAACCCUUGACAGCCUGUUACACAGUCUAAUUUCUUGUAGCGGAUUCUUCCAUUUGUUGAAUGAUGAAAAGCCUUCAAUGUACUCAAAAUUAACAACAGUGAUAUAGUCAGAUUAUCAUUAUCACUCUUUUUUUCUUCUUUUUUUUUUGGAUAAUUAAGAGUUAUAAGAGUUCACAUUUUGUUGAACAGUAUAGCUCUCAUUUGAUUUGUAGUAAGAUAUUGAUGUAUCUCAUUCAGCUUUAACUUAUGAAUACCCUUGAAGGCAACUGUGAUCGUAUUUGUUGCUUCACUGGCAUCUUCAGGAAAGAGUCACACUCUCCUUUUGUC